GACCGAAACAAGUGCCCGGAUAGAAUAUGGCGUCGACUGAACUGACCCAGAACUGCUAACAGUCACAAAUUUCAAUCCAGAAUUGUCCCAUUUUAGCGCAAAAUUGCGUUAAAUCAAUCCCAAACGAAUGCAUUAAUGGUAAUGCAUGCAAGGAAACUCCCCAGAAUCGAUGAUGGGUAUCCUGACAAGCGAGAGGCCCAGUCAUACCAGUCCUCCCAGUACCCAUCAAAGACCGGUUACAGUAACCAUAGCGACCGAUAUGAACGACGGCGCUCACCAGGGAGAGACAGCCCCUCAUCUCGUGAUAGUCCCAGAUAUAUCAACAAAUCUUCAUAUAUUGAGAGAAAUAAGGAGAAAUAUGAAAGGGGAAAUGAAAAUUCCCCUGGGAAGAAAGCCAACCAUAACUAUGCAGGAGGAAGUAAUAAUACUAACGGUGGAAACCAUGACAGGCAGUCCUCCAGGAGUGCUACAAAUUCCAGAGAUAAAACAGAGGUGCAAAAAUCUGCAAUACGUUCAUGUGGAGAUUGGUCAGAACACCUUAGUUCCACAGGGAAGAAGUACUAUUAUAAUAUCAAGACAGAAGUGUCUCAGUGGGAAAGACCUAGGGAGUGGAAUGACUCAUCGGCCGUACGACCAGACAGACAUUCAACUGAUUCAAGAACCAAUAGUGAAAAACACAACUCUAAAGAUGUUAAAAAUAGACACUCUAGUGGUGGCAUUGAAAAACGUGAAAAACACUUGGGUGACUUGCGGCACAUGGUUGCCGAUGGCAACCCAAAGCCGGACAAAAUGUACUUGUUUGAAAAACUGCAACAAAGUCAGUCCAAACUGCAAGCGGAAAUGCGUGCAAACAAACAGCUAUACUCAUCCGAUACGAAAGAUAUACAUAGACGUAGUGACGAUGGUUCAACUAACGAUUAUCCAAAUUCUUCUAACUCUAGUCGGAGUCGAAGAGACAGUGAAAGUUCACGGACGUUGGCGAGACAGACUUCGAGAAACGACCAAGAUGACAUAGAUUCACCAAGUAGUACUCCAACCAGUCAUCGGUCCGGAAGCACGCCACAUGGAUGUAUGAAUCCCGUCUCUAACAUUUCAGCCGCUAAUUUAAACAUUUCAAAUAUUCCUAACCUCAUUACUCAGUUAAGUGGUGGACAGAACAAUCAGGAACUGACCAACCGAGCAUUGCAGACGUUACAGAAACUGCAGCAGGCUUUGUCUCGGCAGAUAGCUGCACACCAAACUAGCGUGUCAAACCAGUCAAACCAGUCAACGACUGUUCAAGCGUCGCCGAGACAUCAAGUAACCCAGUUACCUGAUGAGGCUCUCGCCACAUACCAACAACUCCAGCAUCAUCAGCAGCUUCAGCAGCAAGCCCAACAGUCACUUCACGCCGCUCUACAGGCACCCGGGACCCCGUCUCACCCUUCUCAUAGGAGCCCAUAUAUAAACUCUCAGAACAGUUUACCCCUUCCUAAUUCAAGUCCCCAACCAAUUGUUUCCCUAGCGACGUCUGUAUCGCCGGUCGCAACGACUGCAGGCUCAACGUCGAUACCUAUAACUCAUACCGGGAAUCAGUUACAUAGGGGUAACACUGUAUACGGGAAAUUUUUAGGGUCUCAAAAUACUUCAACCCCGUCAUUCCAACAUGCCAUGGAGGAUAUGCUUGGGGAUAAUUCAAAAGGAGUUGAAGGAGGAGGGGAUGAACGGUCAUGUUGUAGCCCCACCCCCAGUGAUACAAGCUCCCAGGGUGCACCUGUAGAUCCAGAUAUGUUCUCGUCCAACAUGGGACAGAAGGAGACAAACCUGAUGUCAUCUCUAAGUCAGUAUUACAGUGAACACUCGGUGUCACACGUAACAGGUUGGCAAGGAGAACUGUUUGAAAAACAGGCUCGAUUUUACCGUGACGAGGCUCUUAAAAUUGGUAGUUUGAUAAGUAGUCAGGUAUCUGUAGAGUUAAAACGAGCAAGGUCAUUGGUGCGAGUGGAAGAAAUACAAGCAACUUUACAUGAGCAAAGGAACUUAUUUUUGGCUCAGCAGAUCGCUGAGUUAGAGAACAUGAAGCCAGUGUCUUCUGUGUCAUCGUUUCUCCCUUCAUCAUCGACCAGCACGUCCUAGUAGAUACAAACAUUUUAGUGUGAAAUCAUUUGUGAUAAAUUUGAAAAGCUGGAGUUUUAACCACGGAUUGGCAAGUGCUCCUUUGUCAUAUAGAAAUUUGUUGGUUAAGAGACGACAAGUGGGUAUCGUAGCGGUCCAGAUAGGAAUAAGAUGGUCCUUUAGCGGAAAGUUCGGCGUCAAACUUAUUGUAAGCCCAACAAAUUACGGACAGUAGUAGCAUAUGGAGGAUUAAGAUAUUCUGCUACUGUAUUUUUCACGCGGUGGAUUUGGGCUGCUCGUGAAAAUGUGGACUGUUUAAUGGGGAGAGAAUUUCUAAAGGAAUUGAGAUAAUUAAAACAUUCUUUGCAUCGACUACGAAUGACAAGGGCAUGCAGAGGAUAGGAUGACCCAGACAAUGUCGGAAAUAGGUCGAUAGUGUAAAGAAUUUGUACAUGGUGAUGGAGUGGUUUUUGCCUUUAAGGGUUUUUUCUGUUUCUCAGCCACUCUGUUAUGGUCCUGUGACUCUUGGUUAUGUACUAUAUGUAAAGAGAUGUACAU